AUGAUGAGAUUUGCCUCCCUUCUGAUGAAUCCCAUUCUCUUCGUGUCUCUCUUCAGUCUCGGCUUUGCUCUCGGCGCUGCCGUCUGUUCUUGGGGCCUGAAGGCUGCUGCGCCAGCGCGCCCAUCCCGUCGCGGCGUUGCCUUGACUCAACGCUCUCACUAUGCCAUGAAGAGCCAUGGCGCCUGCAAGCAAAUGUCAAGCAUUUGCCGUUGCGAGCCUCUGCUAGCCUUCGAGCCUCCUUCUAGCUAG